CCAGGCAUAGUAUGCGUUCAGUUGUGGUAGUGAAUUUUACGCGUCUGUCAUCAAUAGUACGGUAAUUGAAUAUUACAUACCUUGGAGAACCGCAAAAAACUACAUCGGCCCAACUAUCUAAUAACUAUGACCCCCUACUGCGUGUUAGUGGAAAGCUUCUGCUUCAAUAGUUUGAAAAAUAUUAAAAAUAACCGAGGCUUGUGAUACAAAAUCUCCAAAAUCCUCGAAGCUGCAGGAUGACAGUAGUCGUUCCUUAUAAUUGAUGACAAUGACAAAACAAAGGAAAAAUCAAUAACUUAAUGAACCGAAUGAAGACCGUACGAUAUAGUAAAUAGCUAUGUUAAGAACCAUCAAAGAAAAUAACAGAAGUGAAUAAGUACGUCAUGAAAUCUAAUUCGUGAUGAGACUACCUGCCCGAGGAGUAUUAGCCGGAUUCGUGGCGAUAGCCGCCUUCGCCGUUUACAUGAAUAGCCUAAGUUGUGAUUUCGUGUUCGAUGAUAUAUCAGCGAUUAAGGAUAAUCGUGACUUGAGACCACAUACACCCUUACGAAAUAUAUUCUACAAUGAUUUUUGGGGUACACCGAUGUACAAGGAACAAUCACACAAGUCAUACAGACCAAUCUGCGUGCUAUCAUUCCGGUGGAAUUACAUGAUUCAUCAGUUGGAUCCCGUCGGUUACCAUUUGCUGAACGUGGUGUUGCAUUGUGGAGUUUGCAUAUUGUUCUUCAGAACAUGCCUGAUGUUCCUGUCCGAUCUGGCUAGCUUCGUGGCUGCCCUAUUGUUUGCAGUACAUCCAAUUCAUACGGAAGCUGUAACAGGUGUUGUUGGACGAGCCGAGAUUCUGUACUCUCUAUUUUACUUGGGGGCUCUGAUAACUUACAAAAAAGCCUGCAAAAACCAGCGAUCCACAGGGUGGUGCUCAAUGAUGACGUCAAUGCUCUCCGUAUUCAUUGCAGUAAUGUGCAAGGAACAGGGUAUAACGACAACAGCUGUCUGCGUUGUAUAUGAAAUAUUCGUAGUACAGAAAGUCAGAGCACUGGAUAUUUUACUCGCCGUUAAGAUUGCAUUUGGCGGCAAUAAACUUAAUCCAACAUGGUCAGGUGAAGGUACUAAGCGCCUCGCUGCUCUUACACUUGUUACAAUGAGUCUGCUAUUCGUGAGGUUACAUGUCAUGGGUUCUAGAUUGCCGGUAUUCACAAGAUUUGACAAUCCAGCAUCAGCGGCAUCGACCCCAACAAGGCAACUCACGUACAACUACUUGGCAGCUGUUAAUUUGCGUCUUCUAUUCCUACCUAACGAUUUGUGCUGUGAUUGGACCAUGGGUACAAUCCCGUUGAUUGAGAGUAUUUUGGAUCACCGGAAUUUGUGGACGCUGGCCGCUCACGGUUUGGUAUUCGGAUUAUUUUUAACCGCUGUGUUCACCCAUAAUCGUCAAGUGUCUGUGAUAAUAGUAAUGAGCUUAUCACUUUUAACGUUGCCAUUUCUGCCGGCUUCAAAUUUAUUUUUCCCCGUUGGUUUCGUCAUCGCCGAGCGAGUCUUGUAUGCACCAUCGAUGGGGUUCUGUAUGCUUGUGGGACAUGGCUGGAGUAUUUUAGCUGAAAAAAGAUGUCCCAAAAUGUCAACAACCUUUCUAGUUUUUCUUCUCGUAUCUCAUUCCGUCAAAACUUACAUACGCAACUAUGAUUGGAUGGACGAAUACGCAAUAUUCAUGUCGGGUCUCAAAGUAAACCUGAACAAUGCUAAGCUGUUCAAUAACGUCGGUCACGCAUUGGAAGGACAAGGACGGUACAAAGAGGCGUUGAAUUACUUCAAUGAAGCUGUUGUCGUCCAAGGGGAUGAUAUAGGAGCUCACAUUAAUGUUGGCCGGACUUACAAUCAUCUCAAUAUGUUCAAGGAAGCAGAAGAUGCAUAUCUGAGGGCGAAAUCGUUGCUACCCAAGGCGAAACCAGGUGAAUCCUAUCAGGCGAGGAUCGCUCCCAGCCAUUUGAAUGUUUUCGUUAACCUCGCCAAUUUAAUUGCAAAAAAUGGUUCGAGACUAGAGGAGGCCGAUCUACUCUACAGACAAGCGAUCAGUAUGAGAGCUGAUUACACACAAGCUUAUAUUAACAGAGGAGAUGUCCUGAUUAAGAUGAACCGGACUAAAGAGGCACAGGAGGUUUACGAGCGGGCGCUUGUGUAUGAUAGCAGCAAUCCAGAUAUCUAUUAUAAUUUGGGGGUCGUGUAUUUGGAGCAGGGGAAAGCAUCACAGGCACUGGCGUAUUUGGACAAAGCACUGGAGUUUGAUCCUGAACACGAGCAAGCGUUAUUAAACUCAGCAAUACUUUUGCAAGAAUUGGGACGCGAAGAGCUUCGUAAAGUGGCGAGAGAUAGGCUCCUGAAACUAUUGAGGAAGGACUCAAAUAACGAACGUCUGCAUUUCAACCUCGGAAUGUUGGCAAUGGACGAUCACGACGCUGCAAGUGCCGAGAGAUGGUUCAGGAAUGCUGUAGCGUUGAAGGAGGAUUUCCGAUCUGCCCUAUUCAAUCUGGCACUUUUGCUGACGGAUGAAAAGAGACCACUGGAAGCAGCACCGUUCUUAAAACAACUCGUUAGGUUUCAUCCAGAACACAUCAAAGGACUGAUACUGUUGGGAGAUAUAUAUAUUAAUAACAUUAAGGACUUCGAUGCCGCCGAGAAGUGUUACCGCAAAAUUCUUCAGCUGGAUCCAGCGAAUAUUCAAGGUCUUCACAACCUUUGUGUAGUUAUGAUUGAACGUAGUCAGCUUCAUCUGGCAGCACAGUGCCUCGAAAAAGCUGCAGCUCUACGUGCAGAUCAAGAAUACAUACGAAAACAUCUGACGAUUGUAAAAUCCCGGAUAAAUCGGCUGCCUCCCGAGCAACGCGAAAGCAGUGACAUAUUCGAUGAUUCAUUUCUUCACAUUCGAGGUGAGGAGGACAGUCUCGAUAUGGCUGAUCGAGCGGCACGACAAUUCCUGAGGAAAAGUGAAUUUAUGCACAAUCACAUUGGCGACUUGAAGAACGAUCAAUUCAGACGUCACAAUUACUAUCAUAUCAAGGGCUUUCACCAUCCGAAAACUUCGAAAGCAAUCCCUGCGGGCAAAAGCCCAUUCUCAAAACCUUCCGAAGGAUCCAAUAUUCGUGAAUCCGCUCGUGUACUUGACAGUGUUGUAAAUAGGGAUACAAGUGAAUUGGAGUUUGGUCAGUAUCACGGACUGAAUGUCGUUGAUCCGAAUUGAAUUUAUAUAUAAGCCAUGAAAGUAGUAUAAAAAUACACAUUCUGAAUAUUCAAAAAUA